AACGGGAGUAGAAAGGCCAAUAGAAACAAGGAGUCAAGAUUGGUAUAACGAGUGCAUUACUGCCCUGCAUAAGCAGUUUUCCUUAUGUUACUUGAUAAGUGUUUCGGUGUUAUUCACCUUUCUAUUAUACCGCUCAAAAAGAAAUGGCGCCGAAUUAUUUCGUGAGGAAAACAAAAAAAUUACACUGCAAAAACCGGUCGAGGUUAGGUAUUUCGUGAAGAAAACAAACCAAACUCUUUUAGUUUAACUUUGCAUCUGUGGUUGUAAUUGAGCUAUCAGAAAUCUUAAUUGUGCUGGGAUACUAAGCAGUUAACUGUACAACAUGUCAUACAAGAAUGUUGUUUAUGUUUCUAAUAUUAGCAUUCACAAAGAGAUGAGAAAAUUGAGUGCUAUAAAAAAUCGGAGCGAAAUCGUAGAUGAGUUGAUUAAAUGCUAUGGAUUGUUUGAUCAUUGCCGGAUAGUUGAAUCUAACAAGUGCUCUCUAGAAGACUUGCUAUUAUUUCACAGUGCAGAUUAUAUUCAAUGUCUGAAACGAUACAACGACAUAGAGAAUACCGAUGAUGUGACUGACGAAUUGCAGGAGUUCGGCAUCGCAUACGAUUGUCCUCUGAUCGAGAAUAUUUACGAGUUUGUUUCAACGAUAGCGGGGAGCACAAUUGCAGCGGUGAAUGCAAUAUUGGAUGGAGCAUUAAUUUCAAUUAAUUGGCAUGGAGGUUGGCAUCACGCUCAGAGGGAUAGUGCUGCAGGAUUUUGCUACGUGAAUGACGUAGUAAUAGCAGUACAACAGCUACGAACUAAAUUUCAAAAGGUGCUAUAUUUGGAUUUGGAUGUACAUCAUGGUGACGGCGUAGAAAGCGCCUUCUCCUUCAGCAAAUAUGUGAUGACAGUUUCGUUCCACCUGCACGAGCCUGGGUAUUUCCCUGGAACAGGAAACAUAUCCGAAAUAGGUUUUGGCAGUGGCAAAGGUUACACAAUUAAUGCGCCAUAUGCGCGAAACAUUUCAGGCGAACUGUUUGUGACCUAUUUUGAACAAAUAGCGUCAGCUGUAUUCGAUGCAUUUCAGCCUAACGUUUGCAUUGUUCAGUGUGGAGGUGACAUUAUUGCUGGAGACCGCUUAGGUGGAGCAAAUGUACUGCCAAAGGAUUGCAAAAGCUGUAUCAAGAAGAUAAUAGACUGGCGAAUACCAACCUUAUUACUGGGCGGCGGUGGUUACAACAUUAACACUGCAAAAUAUUGGACUGAAUUAACUGCGUGUAUUUUGGACGUAGAAAUUGCAAGGGAUAUUCCCGAUAAUAAGUAUUUUCUGCAUUACGGACCAGAUUUCGUUCUCGACGUAUACCCAACCAAUUCAGAAGAUAGAAACACUUCUCAGGAUCUAACAACUAAUGUGUUUAUUAUAAAAGAUAACCUUAAACGAUACGUGAUGAGCUCAUCUUCAAUAAAAUGAUUACUUAAAAAUCGCAAAUAAAAUAUUUUUGGAAUUAUCUCACA